ACAUGUCGAGCUGGGACGCAUGCAACACAAAGCUGUAACAUGAGGAGGAGCCGACACCGCGCAAGUAUGGGACUUCCUGUGCUUUGCAGAUGGCUUGUAUUCAUAGCAGCGGUGCCUGCCUGGCUGCUGGCUGCUCCGAACCCCACGCGCGCACGUCCCUGCCCACAGAGCUGUAGAUGUGACGGCAAAAUAAUCUACUGCGAAUCCAAUGCCUUCCGUGAUGUGCCGAGCAACGUGUCGGUGGGAACACAGGGCCUCUCGCUGCGUUACAACAGCCUGAUGAACCUGAGAGCCCACCAGUUCGCGGGCCUCGGUCAAUUGGUUUGGCUGUACCUCGAUCACAAUUACAUCGGCUCCGUGGACGGCCAAGCGUUCCACGGUAUACGCAGGCUUAAAGAACUGAUUCUCAGCUCCAAUAAGAUCACCCUGCUCAAGAACAACACUUUCCAUGACGUUCCAAACUUGCGAAAUCUUGACCUUUCCUACAAUAAACUGCAGGUACUCCAACCAAAUCAAUUUGUGGGCCUACGGAAGUUACUUAGUUUACACUUGAGGUCAAAUUCUUUGAAAACUGUCCCAAUGCGGGUUUUCCUUGACUGUCGCAACUUGGAAUUUCUAGAUAUUGGCUACAACAGGCUCCGGAGCCUCACACGUAACGCCUUCGCCGGACUCUUUAAGCUCAUCGAGCUGCAUUUGGAACAUAACCAGUUUUCCAAGAUAAACUUUGCGCAUUUCCCCCGCCUGACUAAUCUGAGGGCACUCUAUUUGCAAUGGAACCGCAUCCAACUGCUGACACAGGGCCUGUCAUGGAUGUGGACCUCCCUGCAAAAGCUAGACCUGUCUGGAAACGAACUUCAGAUGCUGGAGCCAAGCACGUUUCAGUGCCUGCCCAACCUCCAGACCCUCAACUUGGACUCCAACAAACUAAACAAUGUGUCUCAGCAGACGGUCGAGACUUGGAUCUCACUCACCACCAUCAGUCUGGCUGGUAAUCUGUGGCACUGUAACCCCAACAUAUGCCCCCUAGUGGACUGGCUCAAGGCCUUCAAGGGAAACAAGGAGUCCACCGUGAUCUGCACAGGCCCCAAAGAGGCACAGGGAGAGAAAGUCACAGACGUGGUCGAGACCUACAACAUUUGCACAGUAACGCCGAGCCCCAUUACCUCAACAAGGGCGCCUCUCACCUCUGCAUUUCAAACAGAACCGCUCCCCCUACCCACGCGGCCUGAGGUGGACAAGAAGCUGUCAGAGAACAGGACAGCCUCUCCUACUCCUUCCCAGGCCUCGCCUAGCGUCCCUUUAGCUAACUCAGAGUAUGUGUCCUUCCAUAAGAUCAUUGCUGGCAGCGUGGCCCUCCUCUUGUCUGUGGCUAUAAUCCUACUUGUUAUCUAUGUUUCGUGGAAGCGCUAUCCCAGCAGCAUCAAGCAGCUUCAGCAACGCUCCACGGUUAAAAAACGGCAGAAAAAGGCUCGGGAAACCGAGCGCUCCUUUAAUUCCCCACUGCAAGAGUAUUACGUGGACUACAAGCCUUCACACUCCGAGACAAUGGAUGUGCUGGUUAAUGGGACAGGACCUUACACAUACACCAUCUCAGGCUCCAGGGAAUGCGAGAUUCCGCUGCAGUUGAGAGCCUUGACGUACAGUUGUGAGCCGUCAGUGCUGGACUGCUGCCACGCUCACCUGCACGUCAACACGGAGCCCCACUUUCAGGAGAUGGAUGGUCGGAGGCCACGCAGGUACCAACGGGGCCCGGUGACCGUCCUUCCCCCUCACCACUUCCCUCCGCCAGUGAGCAGCACACACUAUUAAAUAGUCAGCAGACGUUUCAAAUACAACACAGACUGUAUUGACGGGAAGCGGUCCUGGUCAAGAAGCAACAGAGACGGUUAAUCUUCUGCAGAGCAUCCAGGACCCAGCGUAAUGAGGAGGAAAUAUUUCUCGACGGAAAUACAGUAUCAGGGUACAGUCAUUAUUAUUGAUGGAUGAGCUUCUGAGCCAUCAAACUCUCAAUAGCCUCAAUUAGCCAAGGAGGCUGAACAGAAGCUUGACUUUCAACGUUCCGCUUUGCUUGUUGAGGAGUAUUAGAGGUAAUACUUCAAUGAUUUGUUAAUCCUAUUAAACAUUCUGUAUUUUUGUCCCUUCUCCUCAUCUGGGUACCUCUGCUGUGUCAGGUAAAGUGAUCAAAUGGGGAAGGCUAUAAACUUAGCAUGGGAAACAGCGGGAAGACGCGCCGAUUCAAAGUUUUCUGCUGCUUUUUUGUUUUGUUUUGACAUUCUUACCAAACAGUAUUACGCUGACAGUCACGUGUCUCUGUUUCAAUUUUCACUGCACUAACCACUCAAAUGAAUAUCAAAGUAAAAGAGCAGACACAAAAGUGCGACAUGUACAGCCACAGACCAUACACAGAACUUCUGAUCUUCUUAAUGAUUUGUGAAAUCCAUUCCAUUAUAAUGAACUGCUUCGAGACGUACUCAGAUAAAUAAAAAAAAAUAAUAAUAAUAAUAAACAGCAAGUACAGAUGUUCUCAUUUGAACACUCAUAUAUUGAGCCAGCUUUUCACCAUCCAUUUCCCGCAUUCCUGUAUGAAAUGUUUAUUUAUCGUGCGCUCACAUAUCUACAUGCGUGAACUUUCUACAGGAUGUUACAUAUUAUAUGGGAAAUAA